AGGCAGCAUGGCGGCGCCAUUACUUUGUUGAGCCAUCUCCAAAAACCUUCUCGCAGCCCCAUUGGUCUUGCCGCGAGUCCCACAAGGUCUUCUCGUGGUUCAAAGGCAGCCCCGCGACGAUGGCGCGGCUGCUCGUCGCCGCCGCGGCCCUCGCCGCCGCCGCCGCCGCGCCGCCGCCGCGCCUGCGCGGCGCGCAACGCGCCAUCGCACAGACCAUCCCACACACACGACACUGGCUCGCCGGCGCCGCCGGCGACGACCCGGCGGCGGCCGACGACGCGGCGGCCGACGACGACGACCCGAGCUUCGUCCAGGGCUACUUCUUCGUCAUCGUCAUCGCCCUCGUGCUCUUCUGCGGCUGCACGUGCCUCUCGGUGAACGCGUGGCAGCCGGAGCACGGCGGCGCGUACGCGCGGCUCGUGGGCUACGACGGCUCCGAGAGCCGGCCGCCCGACGAGCAGCGCUUCGUGCUCCUGCGCGACUCGCUGGCGGAGAGCGGCGAGGCGGCCUGGGUCUGCUUCGUCUGCGCGUUCGAGAACAAGGCGCGCGCGCGGAGUUGCCUGCUCUGCGGCGGCGCGAGCGACCUCUCCAGGGCCUUCGAGGACCGGCUCCGCUCCCGCAAGGGCGACUCGUUGACCGGCAGCACGGGCUCCCGGGGCGCGCGCCCCCGGGGCUCGGACGCGCGGCCGCCGACGCCCGACGGUCUGUCCGACGACGGCGACGCCGCGCGGCCCUCGAACGACCGCUGCUCCGUCGAGCGCUGCUCCGUUUCCGGCCGCGGGUCGUCCGAGGGCGGGCAGAGCGCCCGGCCCCAGCGCUGCUGGCCCCAGCGGCGGAGCGAGUCGCCGACGCUCUCCGCGGAGGCGCGCGCGCAGGCCUUCGCGAUCCGCCGGCUCAACGACCUCACGCUCCGCCAGAAGGGCGCGGCGCGGCGGCGCGUCUGGCAGCGCGUGCGCGACGGAAACGCCGUCCACUGGACGCGCGCGGCGCUCGAGGAGGACCGCCAGUCCCUCGCGUUCGUCGUCUCCGAGGCCGAGGGCGCGCUCGCGUGGAACCCGAUCACCGCGCCGCCCGCGCCGGCCGCCGCGUCGGAGCCCGCGUCGUCGGCGGAGCCGCCGCCGCCGGACGACGAGGCGGCGGCGUGCUGCGCGUGCUGCGGGCCGCGCGCCUCGGCGCCGGCGCGGCGGCGGCGGCCCAACGGGUCGCUCUUCGAGCCGCGCGAGCCGCGGGGCGCCGCCGCGGUCGACGACGAGGACCUGGAGUACGUCGCGUCGCGGCCCUUCCGGGAGAAGCAGCUCUGGUUCGAGCGCGCGCUCGACGGGCUCCACGGCACGGACCCGCGGCGGCCGCGGAGUCGAAGUUACCGGCCCGUGACGCUCGACGUCCGCCGCGGCGCGUGCCUCUUCGACAGCCUGAAGCGCUUCGAGCAGCUCAGCGUGGACCGCCUGCGCAACGCGUCCGUGCGCGUGCGCUUCGCCGGCGAGGCGGGCAUCGACGCGGGCGGCGUGUCCCGGGAGUGGUUCGACGUCGUCGCGCGCGAGCUCUUCGCGAACGGCGGCCUCGGCCUCUUCGUCGCGCGGCGCGAGAGCGGCUACGCCUGCAACCUCGACCCGCGGAGCGGCGACGCGCGCCACGACGCGGCGCGCGCGGCGCUCGCGCCGCGCGGCGAGCUCGCGCGCGGCGAAAAGAUCGGCGACGUGCGGCUGCUGCGCUUCGCGGGGCGCUUCGUCGCCAAGGCGCUCCGGGAGCGCGUGACCAUCCCGGCGACGCUGUCCUUACCGCUGCUGAAGCACGUGCUCGGCGUGCCGCUGUCCUUCUCGGACCUCGAGUUCGUCGACGCGGAGGCGUUCCUGAACUACGCGUGGCUCCGGGACAACGGCGGCGCGGAGGACCUGUGUUUGGACUUCACGAUCUUUGCGGACGGCGACGACGAGGGCGCGCCGAAGACGCCCGUGGAGCUCGUGCCCAACGGCGGCGACGUCCCGGUGACCGACGACAACAAGGCGGAGUUCUUGGCGCUCGUGUUGAAGUACAAGGUGCUGGACGCGGUCGCGCCGCAGCUCGCCGCGUUCCUGCAGGGCUUCGACGACAUCCUGCCCCGCACGUACCUGUCCGUCUUCGACUACCAGGAGCUGCAGCUGCUGCUGGGCGGCGUCGACGAGAUCGACGUCGACGACUGGCGGCGCCACACGCGGUACCUCGGCGCCUUCGCGGAGCUCCGGGAGAAGCACCCCGUCGUCAAGUUCUUCUGGGACUGCGUCGACGCCUUCGACAACGAGCAGCGCGCGCGGCUCUGCCAGUUCUCCACGGGCACGUCGUCGCUGCCGCCCGCGGGCUUCAAGGCGCUCGUCGGCGACGACGGCCACUACUGCAACUUCACGCUCGCGUCCCUGCCGCGGGACCUCGGCGUCUGGCCCCGGGCCCACACGUGCUUCAACCGCAUCGACCUGCCCCUGUACGAGUCCUACGACGAGCUCGCGAACUACCUCGCGCUGAGCAUCCACCUCGAGGUCGUCGGCUUCACGAUCGACUAA